AUGCCCGAGCAAGCACAGGGGGACGUUGGCGAGCAUGGAGCAGACGCUAGCUCGCAUCAGCGCCUCCCAGUCGACGAGUAUGACCGUACCAUCGGCGGCCAGCUCUAUCUCGACGGCUGCGACUACGAGGCUGAGCCCGGCGACGGCGAUGUCGCAGCACUCUACCUGAACGACGCGGACGAGCAGGUCAGCUACCCGUUCGCGAACCUCCACAGCAUCUACGACCCGGGGCCGGACAAGGCGGACGUGGUCGACUCUGCGACCGGCGCGGCCCUGGACCUUGACAUGAUCCACGGCAAUUCGGAUGCGGAGGAGGUCGAGCUCAACGGCAUCUUGCGAGUGGGCAUCGACUCGUGUGCGGCGGCAUCGGUGCUGCCGCGUGGCUCGUGUGCAGACUACCCGGUGCACGAGGGCGGCCAGGCGAUCUCGUACAAGACUGCCUCUGGCCACUACGUGAACGACGAGGGCGAGAAGAUCCUCGUGGGGACGAUGCCUGGGGCUUCUCAGGCACGCGCUGCCAAGUUCAGGGUGGCGGACAUCAGCAAGCCGUUGCUGAGCGUCGCGGAGAUGGUCGACUCUGGCCAUCGGCUCGUCUUCGACUCGGAGGGCGGGCAGGACAUUAGCUACGCGUACCACAAGACCAGCGGAGACGUUGUCAAGUUCUGCCGCAGGAACAAGGUCUACGAGAUGGAUAUGCACGUCGACCCGCACGUGCCGGAGGUCUGCCCGGUCGAGGUGGCAGGCCACGAGCCUCCCGAGGGUGAAGCCGGCCAGCCAGGCGCGGCUCACGAGGAGGUCGCCGAGGGCCCGCCGGUACGGCCGGCGAGGGAGCCCGCAGCGCCGACGGCGGCCGAGCGAGCCGCGCACGAGGUGCUGCACGAGCCCUACAGGGCAUGGUGCCGGGAGUGCGUCUCCGGCAGAGGCCUGUCCGCAGGCCAUCAGACGAAGGACCGCCAGGAGUCGGCGCUCGCGGUGGUUGGCAUCGACUACGGCUACCUCGGUGAACGAGAGGACGCCGCGCCGCUGUUGAUCGGGAAAGAUUCGAAGCAGCGUUGGUUCCACGCGUCGGUGGUGCCAGCUAAGGGGACGCAGCAUCCCUGGCCGGCAAAGUCGUGGUCCAGGAGGCUGGCAUCGGCUGGCCACAAGCGCUUCGUCUUCCGCUCAGACGGCGAGGCGCCGCUCGUCGCCCUGAAGACCCGCAUCGGGGCCAAGCUCAAGGAGGAGUACGGCAUCGAGACGGUGCCCGAGGAGAGCGCGGUCGGCGACUCUCAGGGCAACGGCCUGGCCGAGCACGCGGUGCGCGAGGUCAUGGCCAAGGCGAGGACGGCGCGGGCGCAGGUGGACGACCUCCACGGCGUGAGCAUUGGCGUCGAGCACCCAGUGACCCCGUGGAUGGUCGAGUUCGCAGCCAUGUCCAUCAACCUGGGCAGGCGGGGCGCUGGCGGCCGCACGGCUAGGAUCGAGGACAAGUUCCUCGCUGGGCUCUACCUGGGGCCCACGCUUCGGACGGGCGAGGUCUACAUUGGCACGGAGUUGGGCGUACUGCGGGCCAGGGCCUUCAAGCGGUUGACGGUCGAGCAGCGGGCCGACAAGGACCUGCUGAACAGCCUCGUGGGGAAGCCGUGGGCGCCGGUGCCGACGGACGUGGAGAUGGGCGAAGUACAGGUGGCCAUCGAGAUCCGAGCGCCGGUGCCAGCGCCGGUCGCGCCUUUGGGCGGACCGCGGGCCGUCUACAUCAGGAAGGACGUCGUGAUCGCGAAGUACGGGCUCUCCCCGGGCUGCUACGGCUGCGCUGCGAUCCUCAACGGCGCCCGGGCGCAGGCUCACUCUGCCGAGUGCCGCGCUCGGAUCGAGCAGGCGAUGCAGGGCGACGAGGAGGCAAAGCAGAGGCUCGAGGAUGCCCGUGAGCGGAAGCGGCAUCGCACUGACGUCGCUGGGCCUGUCUAUCAAGAGGGCGGCUCGUCAGGCAGUGGCGGCCCAGCCCCAGCUCAGCAGGCGCCGCCAGCACCCGAGGCCGCAGCGGCGGCUGACGUGGCGAUGGCUCCGGUACCACACGACCCCGGCGACGACAACAUGCAGGAGGAGAUCGGUGCCCUCCUGCUCUCCCUCGGCUACAGCGGGCGCAAGGCCGACGUGAUGGAGGUCUUCUGCCCGAAUAGGCUUGUGGGCUUUGCCCCCCUCUUCGGUCUGGUCCACGGCGUCUCGUUCGACCUGAGGGUUGGUUGGGACCUGACCGACCGCCAGCAGCAGCGACAGUGCCGGGAGCUGAUCGAGCACUUCGAGGUGUACUUCCUCUUGGGCAGUCCUCGCUGCGCGCCGUUCUCCAUGCUGAAGUACCUGAACGAGGACACGGAGAAGCAGCGUGAGGCCUACGCCAUCGGGUACGAGCACUUGAGGUUCGUGAUGGAGCUCUACACGCUGCAGGUGAAGCACGACCGCACGCUCUUGCACGAGCACCCCUGGAGCGCGGACAGCUGGGACCUGGACAUCGUGAAGGAUGUGAUGGCUCUCCCGGGUGUCGAGGUCGGGCGAGGCGACCAGUGCGUGUUCGGCCUGGUGGUUGCGGACGCGCACGGCGACAGGCUCGCCAAGAAGCCGACAGGGUGGAUGAGUAAUAACAAGGAGAGGUUGGAUGAGGUCUGCAAGCGCUGCCCCAAUGAUACUGGCAUUGGCAGCCGCCACGAGCAUUCCACCUUCGUCGGCCGCAACAUGCGUGUGGCGGAGAGGUACCCGGUCAAGCUCCUCCGCGCCAUCCUCCGUGGCCUCCGCCGUCACCUUAGCAACAAGAAGGUGCUCACGCUUUCGGCCCUGGAUGCUGGGCCGAACGUGGGCGAUGAGGAGAUCAGCCUGAAGGACUUCGUCGGGAAGUGGCGCGACACACUGAGGACCGAGUUCUACGACGACCUCACCGGCCUCUCGCUGGACCCCACGCGGGUGAAGGCCGCGAGGCGCCUGGAGAUGGAUUUCAUGGCGCAGCUUGGCGUGUGGGUCUACGCGAGGGAGGAGGACUGUCAGCGCGAGCUUGGACGGAGGCCUCUCAGUGUGCGCUGGGUUGAUAUCGACAAGGGCGACACCGACCGGCCGGACUACAGAUCCAGGCUCGUCGUGCAGGAGACCAGGGCGCAGAGCACCAUCGCCGGGGACGACGUCGGCGCGGUGUUUGCGGCGACCCCGCCGUUAGAGUGCCUUCGGCUCAUCUGCAGCAUGGUGAUGUCGAGCGACCCGUCCGAGGGCCGCGUGCUGCGCUUCCUGGACAUCUCGCGGGCACACCCGCACUGUGAGAUCAAGAGGACGGUCUACAUCAAGCUUCCAGGGGAGGAUCCGAUGUCGCAGGAGAUCGGUACGUGUGGGCUCUUGCGGAUGGCGCUCUACGGGACGCGCGACGCUGGCCAGAACUUCGAGCUCACGGCUGCCGAGACGGUCAUCGGUGGUGGCUGUGACCAGUCGGCCUUCUCGCCUUGCGUGUACUGCCAUAAGGACCUCCAGGUGAGCUUCUUCCACCACGGCGACGACUUCGUGCUCGAGGGCUCUCGGGGCGGGGCGGAGUUGAUCUGCGAGGCCCUGAAGACGAAGUUCAUCGUGAAGGACAGGGGCGUGCUCGGGCCGGCGCCUACCGACGCAAAGGAGAUCACGUGCCUCAACAGAGUAAUGCGCUGGCGAGACCGAUGGUGCCAAGGGGGCGAGGCCAUCGAGUACGAGGCGGAUCCCAGGCACGCGCAGAUCUUGCACGCGCAGCUUGGAAUCGACCCCCGCACCGCGAAGUCAUUGAGCACGCCAGGGCUGAGCCAGAAGCUUACACCUGAGGUCGAGCGCGAGCUGAACGAGCACGAGGCGGCAGAGUACCGCAGUGCGUGCAUGAGGCUGGGCUACUUGGCGCUUGAUCGGCCAGAGGUGCAGUUCUCGGCCAAGGAGUGCGCUCGCGGCAUGCAGAAGCCGACAGAGCGACACCUCCGCCUCCUGAAGCGCGCUGGACGCUUCUUGAUCGGGGCGCCGCGGGCCAUCUGGAAGUGGGGCCGACGGCGGGCACCCACAGUGAUGGACAUCUACUCGGACACCGAUUGGGCAGGCUGCCCGAUCACGCGGAGGAGCACCAGUUCAGUCGUGAUCAAACAUGGGCAGCACCUGAUCGUGACGGCGUCGACGACUCAGAUCCCCAUCUCCAUGAGUUCGGGGGAGGCUGAGUUCUACGGCUGUGUGCGGGCGGCCAGCAGGGCCAUCGGCAUGCAGUCACUGUGCCAGGGCCUAGGCAGGGACGUGAGCCGUCGCAUCUGGAGCGACUCGGCAGCUGCUCUUGGCAUCAUGCAACGACGAGGCUGCGGCAAAGUCCGACACCUCGAGACGCCGACGCUGUGGGUGCAGAAGGCACUCAAGGACGGACGGUUUCAACUGGCCAAGGGUCCCGGGAAGUCGAACCCGGCGGACCUGGGGACGAAGUUCCUCGACCAGGCGGCGAUGCUCCGAGGGCUGGAGAUGAUGAGUGUCAAGCUCUCGGACGCGCCCCCCUCUCGAGUGCCCUUCAGGCGAAGGUCUGAACUGAGGGGCACGAGCGGCCAUUUUGGCCUGGCCAUUUCGGCCUGCAGUCUUUCGCUCCGCGCUGUCAUUGCCUUGGACGGGCUACGGCCGUCAGCGCGGCUAUUGCGUGUACUUUGA